UUGCACACUGCUUCCGAAAUGCAGCCGGCUGGGAGGUCUGCACGCCUUGCCUGAAGGAGCUGGAUGCCUUCUGGAUCAAACAUGAAUGACCUGCUGAAGGUGCCCCUGGUGCACGUCCUCACCCUGGCAGCCCUUAGCUUGGCUGAGACACUUCUGAAAGCUCCCUUGAUCAGCACUCCUCUGGAAACAGUGGAUGCCCUGGUAGAAGAUGUUGCCAAGUUUGUCUGUGUAGUGGAGUCAUAUCCUGAGCCGGAGAUUACAUGGACACGCAACAGCAUUCCCAUCAGGCUGUUUGACACCCGGUACAGCAUCCAGAGGAACGGGCAGCUCCUGACCAUCCUGAGCGUGGAGGACAGCGAUGAUGGGGUGUACUGCUGCACGGCAGAUAAUGGGGUUGGAGCAGCUGCACAGAGCUGUGGGGCUCUCCAGGUGAAAAUGCGACCCAAAAUAACCCGUCCACCUAUAAAUGUGGAAAUAAUAGAAGGGUUAAAGGCUGUUCUUCCAUGCACUACAAUGGGGAAUCCAAAACCUUCUGUUUCAUGGGUCAAAGGAGAAACAAUUGUAAAGGAGACUGCUCGCAUUGCUGUGCUUGAUUCUGGGAAUUUAAGGAUUCACAAUGUUCAGAGAGAAGAUGCAGGACAGUAUCGUUGUGUGGCCAAGAACAGUUUGGGCACAGCCUAUUCAAAACCUGCAACAGUGGUUGUGGAAGUGUUUGCCAGAAUCCUGAAGGCUCCUGAAUCCCAAAACAUCACUUUUGGGUCUGUGGUGACACUGCGGUGCACAGCGACCGGCCUUCCAGUCCCUACUGUAACCUGGCUGGAAAAUGGGAAAGCUGUUUCUGCAGGGUCUAUAGCAGAAAGUGUCAAGGACAGAGUGGUUGAUUCCAGACUGCAAGUGUAUGUCACCCGACCUGGCCUCUUCACUUGUCUUGCCACAAACAAGCACAGCAAAACUUUUGGAGCCGCAAAAGCAGCAGCAACCAUCAGCAUUUCAGAAUGGAGCAAGCUGUACAAGGGUGAUGCAGGCUACUGCAGCACAUACAGAGGUGAGGUGUGUAGUGCUAUCUUGGCGAAGAAUGCUCUUGUUUUCUUCAACUCCUCGUAUGCUGACCCAGAGGAGACCCAAGAGCUGCUUGUGCACACUGCCUGGACUGAACUGAAAAUGGUGAGUUCAUUCUGCCAACCGGCUGCUGAGUCUCUGCUGUGUAACUACAUCUUCCAGGAGUGCAAUCCCUCGGGAGCUGGCCCAGCUCCAAAACCAGUGUGCAGAGAGAAUUGCCUUGCUGUAAAGGAUCUCUACUGCUUUAAGGAAUGGCUCUCAAUGGAGGAGAACUCUCAGAAGGGGAUUUACAAGCCAGGACUGAUGCUGCUCACUCUUCCUGAAUGCAACAGGUUGCCCAGCCUGCACCAGAAUCCCGGCUCCUGCACCCGCAUCCCUUUCUUUGAUUUUAAGAAGGAGAACAUAACCAGGACUUGCUACAGCGGCAAUGGCCAGUUUUACCAGGGCACAGCCAAUGUCACAGCAUCUGGCAUUCCCUGCCAGAAGUGGAGUGAUCAGGCUCCCCAUUUGCAUAGGAGGACUCCUCAGGUUUUCCCUGAGCUGUUUGAUGCGGAGAAUUACUGCCGUAAUCCAGGAGGUGAGAACGAGCGUCCCUGGUGCUACACAAAGGAUCCAGCUGUGACCUGGGAAUACUGCAGCGUGUCUCCCUGUGGAGACGCAUUGUUAUCACUGGGAACGAGAAAACCAAAUGGAGAGACUCUAAAUCUUCCCCCUUCUCCUUCCCCUACAUACUCCAUGACCGUUAUCAUCUCGAUCAUCUCCAGCUUUGCUCUGGUCGUGAUCUUUGGCAUUAUCACCCUGGUUUGCUGCCGUCAUCGAAAACAGUGGAAGAACAAAAAAAGAGACUCAGAGACACCAACUCUCACCACUCUGCCCUCUGAACUGCUCCUGGACCGGCUGCACCCCAACCCAAUGUACCAGCGCAUGCCUCUUCUCCUCAAUCCAAAAUUGCUUAGCCUGGAGUAUCCCAGGAACAAUAUUGAAUAUGUGAGAGAUAUUGGGGAGGGAGCAUUUGGGAGAGUCUUCCAAGCCAGGGCCCCAGGGCUGCUGCCAUAUGAACCUUUCACCAUGGUAGCAGUGAAAAUGCUGAAGGAGGAAGCAUCUGCAGACAUGCAGGCCGACUUUCAGAGGGAAGCAGCUCUCAUGGCAGAGUUUGACAAUCCGAAUAUCGUCAAGCUUUUAGGCGUGUGUGCAGUUGGGAAGCCGAUGUGCCUGCUGUUCGAGUACAUGGCCUAUGGGGAUCUAAACGAGUACCUGCGCGACCGCUCGCCCCGCAACCUCUGCAGCCUGGCGCAGGGCAGUCUGGACACAAGGCUUCGCCUGCCGAACCCCCUGGCACUGUGCUGCACCAGCCAGCUCUGCAUUGCCAAGCAGGUUGCUGCUGGCAUGGCCUACCUCUCCGAGCGAAAGUUUGUCCACCGGGAUUUGGCCACCAGGAACUGCCUGGUGGGGGAGAACAUGGUGGUCAAAAUCGCAGAUUUUGGUCUCUCGAGGAACAUGUAUUCGGCUGACUAUUACAAAGCAAAUGAGAACGAUGCCAUCCCCAUCCGCUGGAUGCCUCCUGAGUCCAUUUUCUACAACCGCUACACCACAGAGUCUGAUGUGUGGGCCUACGGAGUGGUGCUGUGGGAGAUCUUCUCCUAUGGCAUGCAGCCUUACUACGGGAUGGCUCACGAGGAGGUCAUCUACUACGUGAGGGAUGGGAAUGUCCUCUCCUGCCCAGACAAUUGUCCCCUGGAGCUCUACAACCUGAUGCGCCUCUGCUGGAGCAAGUUGCCUGCUGACCGGCCGGGCUUUGCCAGCAUCCACCGCAUCUUGGAGCGCAUGUACGAGAGGGCCGUGGACAACAUGUCUGUCUGAGGGGUGCAUUUCCUUCUUUUUCUCCUGUGUCCACCUAUCCAGACUGACCUGGACCGUGAGCUCCCGAGCGAUGGUGGCUUCACACAAUGUCCCGCUCAGGGAGGAGAAAGAGCUUGUUCCACUGCCAAGCGAGAAAUAUAGACUGCACCCUUUUGCACCUCCUUGAGUGGGACUGAACUUUAGCCACCAAGAUAGGCCUCCUCAGGUUGGUGAGAGUGCUGGUCAUGCUAACGCAGUACUUAUAUUUAGCAUUUCCAGAAGCACAGAGUUGCCCAGGGAAAGCAAACAAAUAUUUCUUCCGCUGUUUCUUCCCUUCCUAACAGAUCCCACCAUGCUCUUCUGCACUCUUGGCUUUUACCAUUUUUUCCCCUUUCUCUUAUGUUUUCAAAUGUUAUUUAAAAAAAGAUUGCAGAGUUCAGUCUUCUUUUGGGGAUAUUUUUGCAUACUGUUUACUAUUUUGUUUUUGCAUACUCAGUCCUUUUUGCAGAAAAAGGAUGUUUCUUAAGCCAUAGGCUACUAUUGUCUUCCUUUUAACUUCCACUCUCUCUGAUUACAAUAACACUGACAGAGUCAAAACAGGAGCCUGCUGGACCACUGGAAGCCACCUGCAUCUUAUGUUACAGAGACAGGCAAACUCCUGUCAAGUAUGACACUUUCCAUUUUCCAGUGUGGGAAAUCCAGAGUCACGUUCAUUUGAUGUUUGUUAAAGUUUCACCUUAAAGCUUUCCUUAAGCAUUGCAACAUGUCUUUCCUGCCUUCUGCUGAAGCAGCAAAGCCAUCUCGUCCUAUGGGAGAAAUUCAUCCCAAUAGCCUGGUGUUGCACCUUGUAGGCAUCCAAGGUGUAUUUAUUUGCCACUGCAUGGUCCUCACCAUGCUGAAAGCAGGGAGAAAUGCAUCCACUUUUGCAGAAGCGUGACAGGUGGUAUUAACUGUUUAUUUCCUUUUCCUUUACAAUCUUUGCCUCCUGUUUCUGGUUUUCCUUUCCUGACAGACUCUCUUAAGUUCCACUACAAUAUUUGCUGGCCCCUUGUGCUGUAGUUUACAGACAGAGAAGUAAGGAAGGUGGAUGUCUGCCACCAGUGUCCUUCAGAGACAACCUGUCAGUAAGGAGAAUAUGGAGAAAGUGGGUGCACACAAGAAGAAUUGCAAACUGUACAUCUGCAGGGCAAAGAUGAGACUGCAGACUCAGUUACACAUCUCCAAACACCAAAUGUUUCUCUGGUAAAAGUUCUCCAAAUUGUAAUGGAUACUUUAGUGCCCGAGAAAAUUUUAUUCCUCUGCUGACAGUUGUAACCUUUUAGCUCCUUGUGGAGUGAGGAGCAGUUGUCCCAGAGCCUCAUUGCUGAUACAAAAUAUAGCCUGAGGCAGGGAUGUGCAUUAUGACUGAAGAGCAGGAGUGCAAGGGAAUGAGUGUGGGUUCUGUGACUGGGACACACUGGUUUAGCCUAAACAGAAAGCAGCAGCAGAGAGCAGCUAUCUAUGGUUUCUGAAAGGUAAGCUUGAAAAGGACUGUGAACCAUCAUCAAGAACAGAAUGGGAAAAAUCAUACUUUCCUCUGCUGCUCUUCUCUUUGUUUGGGUUUUUAUUUUGUUGGUUUUGUUGUUUUGUUUUUUGUUUUUUUUUUCAUAUAACCAUAGUUUGUUCUGAUUGUGGCCACAACAGUAUAAUUUAAUGUUUUCAGACCACUGGUGUCACUUUCACUUGGAGCAAAGAGCUUGCAAUUACCAAAGACAGUGGCAAGAAAAGAGGUUCGGGCUGCAAAUUGUUGAAGUGCUAAAAUGGCAUCUGCACAGUGAGCACAAAAUGGCCAGUGUUGUCUUACUCAUUUAGCAGUCCUACCAUCAUGUUGCUAUGACACAACAGUUUACUGAGGUUUGGAGGCUAAAGACAAAUACCCUUGAAAAUUCUGAAGCCCCUAAAUUUCAAUAAAAAAUUAUACUGGCUAUACUGAUAUAGCUCUUGUUAUCGCAUUAUGACCACCUCGAAGUGGUUUAAACUUCAUUGUUAAACUUCUGUUAGGUUGUAUCAGCUCCCUGUCUGUCUUGCUUGUUCUGAGGAGGCAGAAGUGAGAAGGCAAGCCGGGAGGGAUGGGGGAGUGGUGCCGACCCGAGCCGAAUACACAGCCCAGGACUUGCAUCAUCUCUGUAGGGGAGGCUGCACAUUCAAGAUCCUUGCACUGCUCAAGGCAUCAGGCGUUGUGUCACCCUCUCUAUAGAGAGGGCAGGGUCAGAAGUUGUGUGUGGGUGGUGGUGUGGGGCCAGGUACCUCACACCUCCUCUGAAGCUGGAAUGAUUCUUACGCUAAGCAAAGCGCACAGUAAGAGGUGCAAAACCUGCACUGUGUGCAAAAUGUAAACAAACACACCCAUGUUCAGUCUGGAGGACAGUCUGCCUUUCUGCCUUCUAGGAUCCCACUUAGGACCUAGGAUCUUCAGUUGUUCAUUCUCCCAUUAUCCCCGGAAAAUGAUUUUAAAACUGUAAUCACAGUUUUCUUCUUGUUAGCUGCCUGUAAUGCCAUAUGCUUGGAAUUUUCAUUCACUUUCUUUGUGAAAGAAGAACUCCCAUAAACUUGAAAGUGUAACCCUUUUCAUCUAAUUUUCCUAGCCCAAAUGCUUCUCUCAGUGGCCCCAUACUUAGGGUAACAGUGGAAAAUUCGGUCUUCCUCAUUCAGCAUUCCAGCCUUUGCAUUAUAAGCGUGUACUGAAGUGUGAGGUAGUCACUGUCUGCAGGUCAGGAGGGGGAAAGCUUCCUUUCUUGCAGGAGAACAGAGAUCAUUUCACUCAGAGAAGCUCUCAGCAACAUGCUCUCCAGAGAUGGUAAUUGCUUCUGCGUACUGAUCCAGCAGGAGGGCUUAGCACCUAAAUGGUGCUGUCCUUUGAGGAUUAAACUGUAGCAGGACUUAUGCUGCCUUAGUGUGCAUCUGGAUUUUACCAUUUCCUUCUGCUGUAUGUUUUUCAGCUUGCUAGGAGAUGUAGAUUGACUGCUUUCAUGACAUGCCUUCUUUCACAGAUUUUUUUUCUACUCCUUAUGUUUAAGAUUCUGUUGUCUUCAUUCUAUGUUAUACAGUGUGCUAUGCCAGAUCCUUCUAGACUUUCUGUACCAUUACCCUGUAACAUUAAUUAUUUUGAACAGGAGUAAACAAAGGGAUUAUGAGAGAGUAGAAGAGCAAGAAAAGUUUGUUAUUCAAAAAAGUUGCUUGGAAGCAAAAAUAUUUUGCUUCUCUAGUUUGGAUUUACAAUUCAUGUGGAGGAGGAUGAAUCAAAAAUGAACAUUUUUGUGUUCAUUUUAGAACAUUUGUGUGCUGCAAGGUAGAGCACUUUUCUACAUUUAGUUCUGUCCAUACUGGCCCAAAAAAUACAGAAUGCUUCAUGAAUUUACAUGUCACCAUUGUGCAGGGACCAUUCUAAUAUAUGAAUUUAAAAUAAACAUUUUGGUGCUUUGGUUCUCCUUCACACUGAUAGCAGAGGGAGCCAGCAACUAGGGCACUGGAUGAAAACCCCAAGAAGAGGAUUUGCAGCACACAUGAUAAAUCCGUUCCCUUUGCAAGUGUGCUGCCUUGAGCACUGGCAGCAUGUGUACUUCUUUAUCCUGGGUAACAUAUUGUGAAAUCUGACCAACCAAAUAGCACAGAAAUCCUCUCAUGUUCCUGUGCCUCCAUUUGACAGUUGCAUUUAAAAUGCACUUUUAUAAGCAUAAAUUCCAUAAUUGAUUUGACACUGUUUGCAACAUGAUCAAAUUUAGUUUGGAGGAACUUCCUCUCAAACACUUUGUGGGCUAAUCGUAGCUGUCUUGUCUCAUUUACCCAAGGGAAUAUACUAGUUAUUAUUCUGUGAUUGUUUCUUAUACCUUCCUGAAUGAUGGCUUUGAAAGACAUCUCUAGCAGAGAUGUGCACUUCUCAUUAUCUCAACCUGUGUAACUCAUGUGUGCAAUAUUUUAUAAA